GAUCCCCAAACUCGUCUCGCACCAGCCAGGCCACGCCCCUGCCUCCUCGCGCGCGCGCGAACCCCGUGUCUCCGCCCAUGCCCCCGCGGCGGCUCUGAUCCGGCCGUCGUCGUCGUCCACCAUGCAGCAACGCUCGCCGGCGGCCGCCUCGGCCUCCGCCUCCCCCUCCCCCGGGGCGGUGGCGGCGGCCAUGGCGCCGGGCGUGGGCGGGGUCGAGCCGGCCGUGGCGCUCGACCAGGUCCCGCGCUGGAGCGACCCCGACCAGCGCUUCCACUCGCCCUCCUCCCCCACCGCGGCCGGAUCUGAGGCCCCCGCCUCCUCCUUCCUCUCCUUCGCCGACCCCCUCGACGCGGCCGCGGCGGGCGGGGGCCACGGCGCGUGCCGCUUCCCCGUCGACCCCGAGGUCAACUCCAGGAUCUACCUCUGGCGGGGCCACCCCUGGAACCUCGAGGUCGACGCCGUCGUCAACUCCACCAACGAGAGCUUGGACGAGGCGCAUAGUAGCCCCGGGCUGCAUGCGGCGGCGGGGCCGGAGCUCGCUGAGGAGUGUGCCACCUUGGGUGGGUGCCGGACUGGGAUGGCGAAGAUGACCAAUGCCUAUGAUCUGCCUGCUAGGAAAGUCAUCCAUACAGUGGGCCCUAAAUAUGCUGUCAAGUAUCACACAGCUGCAGAGAGUGCACUUAGCCACUGCUACAGGUCUUGCUUGGAACUACUAGUAGAGAAUGGUCUUGAAAGCAUCGCAAUGGGCUGCAUAUACACAGAAGCCAAAAAUUAUCCCCGUGAACCGGCUGCCCAUGUGGCAAUAAGAACAGUGAGACGUUUUCUGGAGAAGCAGAAGGACAAAAUAACUGCUGUUGUCUUUUGUACCACAUCAUCAACUGAUACAGAGAUAUAUAAGCGAUUGCUUCCUCUUUAUUUCCCACGGGACAAACAAGAGGAAGAGAUAGCUUCGUUAAAACUUCCAGCUGAUGUUGGGGAUGAGAAUGGUGAGCCAAUAAUAGAUGAAAGGAAAAUAAGAAUAAAAACAUUGCCUGCUGAGGCCGCAAAUAGCAAGUAUCCAGUUCCCGUGCCCGCAGAUAUUCCUCUUUCUGGUUCUGGAUUGACACGUAGAAGAAAUUCUAAGUUGGAUUCAUAUUUGGAUCCAUCCUUUAUGUCCAUAAUUAAAGAUCCGGAUCUCCGACGCAAGGAGCAAUGGGAAAAGUCUGCGCAGGCAAAGAAGGGAUUCAAUUUUGCUAAGUUGCUUGGAUUUGGUGAUCUUGGUGGUCCUGCAUUAUCAGCUGCAGAAGAAUAUUCACUUCAUCAACGAUACCUUGCUAAAGCAAAUUCCCUUAAUCUUUCAGAAAUUGCUGAAAUGAAAAUAAUCUACCGUGGCGGAGUUGACAGUGAAGGGCGCCCAAUUAUGGUUGUCGUUGGCGCUCACUUUCUUCUUCGCUGUUUGGACCUGGAACGAUUUAUUCUAUAUGUAGUAAAGGAGUUUGAACCUUUGAUUCAAAAGCCUUACUCAAUUGUCUAUUUCCACUCGGCAGCGUCCUUACAAGUACAGCCAGACUUGGGAUUCAUGAAGCGGUUACAACAAAUGCUAGGUCGUAAGCAUCAGCGAAAUCUUCAGGCUAUAUAUGUACUCCACCCAACGCUGGGAUUGAGAACGGCUAUUUUGGCGUUGCAGCUUCUUGUUGAUGGAGAUGUCUGGAAGAAAGUUGUCUAUGUCGACAGACUUAUGCAGCUGUUCAGAUACGUGCCACGGGAACAACUAACAAUUCCAGAUUUUGUCUUUCAGCAUGAUCUCGAAGUGAACGGGGGAAAGGGCAUAAUCGUUGAUCCUAGAACAAAGCAUGUCUACCAAAGACCGUCAGGUUGACAUUUAGCAACUUGUCCCUCCCGGUUCCGGGUCACCCCCCUGUCAAAUCUCUGUUCUCUGUAGAAAAGUUCACAUCUAGAUCCGUGAAGUAUGUAUCUAGUUGAGUUGACAUUAUGUUCUACUCCCCCUGUCCCAAAAUAAAUGUCGCUGCUUUAGUAUUAUAUUUGUACUAACUUAGUACUAAAUUUGCGUCACUUAUUUUGGGAUGGAGGGAGUACAUUGCAUUCUUUCUUGUCUUAGGAAGGUAGUUAUGUAUAUGUAUUUUGUUCUGUAUAACCAAAUAAAGGCUGUACCUAAAUCUCUCUUAAGUUCUCCCGCUGGGCUAAAUCGCCUAGUGUUUGUGUACUGUAAAA